AUGGCAUCCGACGCUCGCAAGCAAGAAUCCCAAGACGGCUACGGGCCCGGGACUGUGGUUGACACGGAUUUCCUACCAGUUCCAGCGGAAUGCUGUAGACUGUUGCGCAUUCUCGCCGCGAAAACACCUGGUUUUACCAAGGAUGAGGCUCUACUCGAUGGAGUAGUCUUUCAUGGCAAUGAUCUGCCGUGCAUCCCAGGACCCAUCAAGUCUCAAGCUGUCACAGCAGUUCUGCAUGCCAUGGUCGGCAUUGUUGGUCUUGAGAUCCUUCACCUUCGUGGCAUUAACACCACUCCCGUUACCUACAUCGAUGUCGACCACGCAGGGCUAUACCCAGCUACUCCAGCGCUUGUCAAUGUCGAUGGACACACGGGCCCAAGUAUCCUCAAAUUACCGACGGUGCCACAAUGGGAUAAGGACCGGGCUUCCAACUCACCGCUCGUGUACCGCGCGACAGCCAUAUACGAGACGGCUGAUAAGGGUGUCUGGUUUCAGCUUCAUGGCUCGCUCGAUUCGUGGAAGAUGCUGGCCCUCCUUGGCAUUGGCAGAGACCUUGAUGCUGAGAUCCGCACCAACGAUGCCGCCUAUACGCUCAUCCAGGAACGCGUCCGCACACAUCGUGCGCGGGAGAUCGAACAGCUCAUGGUGGAGAAGGGCCUCUCGGGCUCCAUAGUCUUCUCCCCCGAGGGAUGGCGUCAGACUGAGAUGGGCCGGUCGCUUUCACGACACCCGCUCAUCAACUAUCGGCAGCAGGGACAAUGUCCCAAACUUGAGCCCCCCGCUUUUCCCGAAGUCGAUGACAAGAGACCCCUGGCUGGGAUCAAGGUUGUCGAAUUGGUCCGCAUUAUAGCAGGGACAGCCGCCGGUGCCGCCCUUGCCUCAAUGGGUGCCGAGGUUAUCCGUGUCAACUCGUCUAAACUCAAGGACUAUACGCCGGCGCAGCCUUCCUCACUGAUGGCUGGCAAGAUCACCAUCGACCUGGACCUAGACGAACCCGCUGACCACGGGAAACUGAUCCGUCUCUUUGAGCAAGCCGAUGUCAUCCUGCAGGGAUACCGACUGCGUUCUCUCGAGCGCCGUGGUUUUGGGUUGCAAGCUGCACUGAGAAUGGCAAACAAGCGGGGCAAAGGCAUCAUCUACGUGGACGAGAACUGUUACGGGCCUGAUGGAUAUUAUGCAGAGCGACCUGGUUGGCAGCAAGUUGCGGACGCAGCAGCUGGAUCAUCAUAUGUCAUGGGUCAGUCCUUUAGUUAUCCGCCAGGUCAAGGCGUGCUGCCCAGCCUGCCCAUAUCGGACAUGUCAACAGGCAUCCUGACUGCUCUUACCAUCAUGUGCGCUCUUCGAGACCGCGCUAAGUUCGGAGGCUCGUACCAUGGCCAUUCCUCUCUUACGGCCUAUAACAUGGUUACACUAGACCCAGACGUCCGGCUGUAUCAACGAGAGAUUGUUAGGAAGAUUAACGACAAGUACCAAUUUCCCGCUUGGUCUAGCGAUGCACAUGUGGCUCCACUGUACUAUUCAGUCUUGGACGCGUGGGACGAACACAGCGACCUGAUCAAAAAUGAGAAAUACUAUGUGCACUUCUCGAAUUCAGUAUUUGGCAGCGAUCUACGAGUCCUAGCACCGGUUGUGCGAUAUGCUGAGCAGGAAUACUCCCCUAGGUGGAAAAGUCCACCUGUGCCCUUCUGUCACCAUCAAUUUACAGACUUCUCACAGGCCUAA